GUCUGCGAAGGCUCCAUCAGAAGAGAGCUGUAUCAUCUUACGUGUGUCGCUUAAGCCCCAAAAUCCCGCUUUUGGCGCGAAAUGGCACAAGUCAUCUCAGGUUACACCAGUAGGCAAGACCCGGUACACAGCAGGGCUUGCAGUAUCUGCAAGCGGUGAAUGGCUGAUUGCAGUCGCGGGUCACAAAGCCUAUGUUGCACAAGUUUCUGCAUUGAAGUCUGGAUUUACAAAAUACGUUUCAACCGAUGCAUUGACAUGUUUGGCGGUCCAUCCAAUAGAGGACUAUUUCGCGACGGGAGACGCAAAGGGUAUCGUGCGGCUAUGGUACUGCUUAAACCAGAGCAGGCCAGUAGUUGCUAACGUAGAAAAGCGAUCGCAAACCUCUAUGCUUCAUUGGCAUGCCCAUGCGAUUUCAUCUAUUGCGUUCACCACGAACGGAGCGUAUCUGCUAUCCGGCGGUGAAGAAGCUGUUCUCGUGAUAUGGCAGCUGCACUCCGGAAAGAAGGAGUUUGUACCCCGAGUUGGCUCGGCCAUCAAAAGUGUUGUGGUCUCGCGCGGUUCUGCUGCUGAGGAAGAGUACCUUCUUGGGUUGGCGGAUGCAAGUUUUGCAUUUGUCAGUUCUGCCACGCUCGAGCUAUCACGAGUUUUUUCUCGCAUAAAACUAGACUCCGUCACGUCAAGUACCUGGGCAUCCUCGUCCUCCGCCACACCACUUGCAGUCCAUUCGUUAUCAUCGACACUUGUUCUUCCCUCUUCUCAUCCUUCUUCACUACAAACCUACUCUCCUUCGUCAUCCAUGCUCGUUGCAGAGCUCGAGGUGUCACCUUCGAACCGAGUGUCAAAACAAGAAGACAAGAUGUUGGAGCCAUCGCGAGUAGAACGUGUGGUAAGCUCGCCGUCAGGAGAGUGGAUGGCGACUAUUGACCGGCGAGAAGGGAACGAGUCAUUCCGUGGCGAGAUAUACCUCAAGAUAUGGUGGUGGGACAAGAAAUUUGCUUUUUGGAUAUUGAAUACCAAGGUAAAUCGGCCGCAUGGCCUGAGCAAGGUCACUUCUGUCUUUUAGUCCUUCAGAUGACAUCCAGCUGGUGACUACUGGUGAGGAUAGAAAUGUCAAAACUUGGAGAAUACGGAGUAUCAAAGAUAAGAAGGGCAAUGUAGAAGUUUCCUGGACCUCA